AUUCGUCGAUUAUCUUCCCUCUUCAAAACAACAAACAAACGAAAACAAAAACGAAGCAGAAAUAGAGACAAAGAAAGAAAUAUUCAGCUCAACUUUAGCCGAGCCAAAUGGACAUAUGGCAGAAAGCGCGAAGCUUUGCGGAGGAAGCGGCGCGGCGGUCGCAGGAGCUGACGAAAGAAGCCGCGAAGCGAUCCUCCGAGCUGACCGUCGCCUCCUCGAAGCUUUCGGACAUUGUAUCAGAAGCGUCGAAGCGGUCAAAGGAGAUCGCAGCCGGGGCUUCAAAGCGAGCGGAGCAGAUCAAAAUUGAAGCCGUCAAACGAGCCGACCAGAUCAAGUCUCUUGCUGAAAACAUCGCGCCUGCUGGUGUGCUCCCGCCACAGCAGCAACAGGAGGAGGAUGUGGUGAGGUUUGGAAUCACCGAAGAGUUGAGAGAGUUCGUUAAGGAAAUUACUAUUAGCACCUUUCAGGAUUUUCCAUUGGAAGAUGAUUCAGAGAUUACGGAUGUUCCCACUGAAUCAAAUGUUAGGAAGGAUCUUAAUGAAUGGCAAGAAAAACAUGCCACUCUUGUUCUUUCCACGGUUAAGGAAAUAUCAAAAUUAAGAUAUGAGUUGUGCCCACGUAUUAUGAAAGAAAGGAAGUUCUGGAGGAUCUAUUUUAUUCUAGUUAACAGCCACGUGGCAGCCUAUGAGAAGCUAUACAUGGAAGAUGUUAUGAGAUGA